AUGAUAGGAUUCGGUGGUGAACUCAUAUUUGCGGUUCUCGUGGCAUCUUCUUUUAGCAUGAGACCCAAACCCGAACUGGAGUUACAUCACCACUUGCGUGCGCCUGAUAUUCUUCCAGAUUCCAGGUAUAAUAUGCCCAUCUUCGGUCACACUCAUAAAAAACAACGGUCCACACCACCCCAAGCCAACAUAAACUGUGUUCAUGGGUGGACUCCAGAGAGCCAAUGGUUUGUAUCAUGCAAGAUUAAAAUUAAUAUAGAGCAGGUUCCAACUCAUGAUGGAUAUCCAAUUAUUGUUAUUAUUGAUUCAAUUUCACUUCUUUUCUUUUCCUCUAUUAUCCUUCCCAUAAUUACCAUUCUUUUUCCUGACAUCUUGACGUUGGCGGAUGAUUAUUUUAGCACUCAGUCGACCAUAUCAGGAUACAGUGAAGAUUGCAUAAGUAAACAAAAAUUGAAGAUAGCAACGUUAACGGGGUGA